AUGAAGGGAAAAAGCAGUGAAGCUUCUUCCUGCUCCAAUGGUGAUGUGCGAAGCGGGAAAGGUUUGAUCGGCGACGAGGGAGGUCGUCUCUGUAGUUUGACGAAGCCGAAGGGACGAAGGAAAUGGUGGAGUGCCGCGAGCAGCAGCAAUGAAGAAGUCGGGGUCCUCGGUGGGGUUGCUCGACGGAAUGGAAGAGGAGGGUGCGAAGGGUGGUCGUCGGUCUCAGCAAUUCCAAUCAAAAUUUUGACCUGUAAUGGCCUAAUCAUAGAUAUAUUUGGGGGCAAAAAGGUCCCACAUCAAGAACUGACACAAACUGGUGUUAUGGGUAUAAAUGGAAUAGGUUUUGAAGAAAAACAGAGUCCCAAAUUUUGUGUGAUGGGUUGUUUGGCAAAGAUUCUUAGGGGGUUUGGUUUGAGUGAUAAAAUCUCAGGGAAACACCAUGGAAGAUAUGGAGAUGAAGAAGGAAUCUUGGAGUCUAAUCCAACAACCUUGGAGACAUUAUCGGACUUUGAUAGUGAAGAAAUUGAUCGAGCAAUUGCGCUUUCCCUUUUAGAAGAAGAUGCAAGAAGCACCAUUUCUGUUGCAGAAGAAGAUAGCAAUGAACAUGAUGAUGAUGAGGAUGAGGAUGAUGAUGAUGGUGAUGAUGGUGGUGGUGGUGAUGGUGAUAAUGAUGGGUCAAUUUCAUGUGAAGAAGAUGAUGAAAAACGAGCGAGUUCUUGUCUAGAAGAAGAUGGAACGGAAUCGGAAUUGGAAUCAGAUUCCGAUUCCGAAGAAGAUAAAGGAAAAAAAGUAAUUGAUGAUGAUGAUGAUGAGGAGGACGAUGAUGAUGAUGAUGAUGAUGAUUCUCAUAUAGAGGAAGACGAAGAGCUUGCCAAGGCUCUUGAAGCAAGUUUGAAUGUGGAUAUUUCACCACCACAGAAUGAUUAUGGAAACAUGAUUCCGCCUUUGUCGUACUCCAAUUCCGGUGGAUACAGGAUAUGUGCUGGAUGCAAUGUAGAAAUCGGCCAUGGAAGAUUCCUAAGUUGCAUGGAAGGAGUUUGGCAUCCCGAAUGUUUCCGUUGUCAUGCUUGCAAUCUACCAAUAUCUGAUUAUGAGUUCUCCAUGUCUGAAAACCGACCAUUUCACCUAUCAUGCUAUAAAGAACACCAUCACCCAAGAUGUGACGUAUGCAAAAACUUUAUUCCAACGAAUGGAAAUGGAUUGAUUGAAUAUAGGGCGCAUCCUUUUUGGGCACAAAAGUAUUGUCCAUCACAUGAGCAUGAUGGGACUCCUAGAUGUUGUAGUUGUGAAAGAAUGGAGACAAGAGACACGAAAUAUUUGUUAUUAGAUGAUGGUAGAAAGCUAUGCUUGGAGUGCCUUGAUUCCGCUAUAAUGGAUACUCAUGAAUGCCAACCACUUUAUCUUGAAAUCCAAGAUUUUUAUGAAGGAUUGAACAUGAAAAUUGAGCAACAAGUUCCAUUGUUGUUGGUUGAAAGACAAGCUCUAAAUGAAGCCAUGGAAGGCGAAAAAAAUGGUCAUCAUCACAUGCCCGAAACUAGAGGACUUUGUCUAUCAGAGGAACAAACUAUCAGCACUAUAACAAAACGACCAAGAGUUGGGGCAGGACGUCUAAUUGACAUGUUUACAGAACCUUAUAAGCUAAUUCGUCGAUGUGAAGUCACAGCCAUUCUCAUCUUAUACAGUCUCCCUAGGUUAUUGACCGGUUCAAUAUUGGCUCACGAAAUGAUGCACGCAUGGCUCCGGCUUAAAGGGUUCUCUAACAUUCCACCUAACGUUGAAGAAGGAAUCUGUCAAGUUUUAGCUCACAUGUGGUUGGAUUCAGAGAUUAUGGCUGGUUCUGGUAGCUCAAAUAUUGCUUCCACGUCAUCAUCUUCUUCAUCUACAACUGUUGCCACGUCAUCAAAAAAAGGAAAAAGAGAAGGGAAUAAAUCCGUGCUUAAAUAUGGCCUUAGAACCACUCUUGAUCAUAUUCGACUUACUGGAACAUUUCCUUGCUAG